UGAACAAGUGGAGGGGGUGAAAAACAAGCGAGGAGGACUGGAGGUGGAGUCGUGUUCACAGGGAGGAAAACCCAGCAGAAGAGCAGGGGGGAAAAAAGAGAAACACCACCAGACACAACAACAUCGGGGGGAGGACGGUGGAUUAACUGUGCCAACUGAGGCAAUUCAAAUUAAGAGAAGCACCGCUUUGAAGAAGGGAGAACAAGAUGAUAACGCCCUAUUUCCUGGAAAAUUUCUGGGGCGAUAAAAACAAUGGAUUUGAUGUACUCUACCACAACAUGAAACAUGGCCAGAUCUCCAGCAAGGAGCUUUCAGACUUCAUCAGAGAAAGAGCCACCAUAGAAGAGGCGUAUUCAAGAUCAAUGACCAAACUGGCCAAGACUGCCAGCAACUGCUCUCAGCUAGGGACGUUUGCGCCGGUGUGGGAUGUGUUUAAACAGUCCACCGAAAAACUGGCAGCGUGUCACAUGGAGCUGGUCCGCAAACUUCAAGAGCUCAUCAAGGAAGUCCAGAAAUAUGUGGAGGAACAAGCCAAAAAUCAUAAGAAGACAAAGGAGGAGGUGGCAUCCACGCUGGAGGCUGUGCAGAAUAUUCAGAGUGUGUCGCAGGCCUUACAGAAGAGCAAAGAGAACUACGUCAACAAGACACUAGAGCAAGAACGCAUGCGCAAAGAGGGGGCCACACAGAGAGACCUGGACAAGGCUGGACUGAAGGUCAAGAAAGCCACAGAGACCUACAAGUCAUAUGUGGAGAAAUAUGCCAAUGCAAAGACAGAAUUCGAGCAGAGAAUGACAGAAACCGCACAGAAGUUCCAGGGCAUUGAAGAGGAACAUGUUCUGCGCAUGCAGGAGAUUAUCCAUUCAUACUGUCAGUCUGUGGAAGAGACACACAUACAGAUAGGAGAGGUCCAAGAAGAGUUUGUGAAAAACAUGGAGAACACUUCCGUUGAGAGCCUCAUACAGAAACUGGCAGAAAGCAAAGGAACAGGCAAAGAGAGACCAGGGCCCAUUGAAUUUGAGGAAUGUAAUGUUUCAAUCGCCACAGAAGGUGCAAAACCCAGAAAAAGGAAAACCUUUGCCAUACCAGGCCGACGGAGAGAUAAAGACACAGAUUCCACUGAAUCGGCUGAAGUAGAAGCAGUUAACGCUUCCAACGGCGCUCCCCCGGGUUUCUACGGUGCUAUAGAUCUUCAUAACGCCAAUGUGCCUCAGCUGGACGAGGAGGGCUUCUGUAUCCGACCAGAAGUCAACGAGAACGAUGCCAAAGAGAACUCCUUUUAUUCAUCCAGUGACUCAGAAGAUGAGGACGAGCCAAGAAAAUUCCACGUCCAGAUCAAACCCGUGCAGACGAAUAACGGCACGCACCAGCACAAAGCCUCCAUCGACGAGCUGAAGGCCUCCAUUGGAAACAUCACGCUCUCGCCCACCCCUGCUGUUCAUGUGAAGAAGAACCAAUCCAGAAUGACACGACAACAAACAUUCCCUGCUAUGAAACCAAAGUCAGGUGAUGAACUGGUCCGACCCAAGAUACCGCAGACAUCCUUUAAUGAUAGAUUAGCCAAUAAUGACCUGCUGUCUCUGGAUCCAUUUGUCCCGACCAGCACCAGCUCCAGCUCCUCUGUACCCCACUCAUCAGACCUGGCUUCUCUGUUCUUAGCAUCUUUCCCUCCAUCUCUCCCACUGCAGUUAAAUGAUGAGGUCUUUGAAGACCCAGAAGUGGAUUUACAGUCGGAGCCCACGUCUCCUUCAGCAGUCAGUCUUGAGAUUACAGAGGCUCCUGCUUUUCCCCUUCCCUCUAAACUCCCUCCUCCUGCCGGUCUUGCCAAGCCGUGCACUCCGCCGUUCCCUGUUCUCUCCUCUCCUCGGGAGCUCCCUGAUGAGGCUGUCGCGCCCCUCGCCCCUGGCCCAGCUCGAGCUAUGAGUGUGCCUCCCGCUCUGCAGGCUGCUCCUAAGGACUAUGCUACCCAUAAGCCCCCUCUCAGUGCUCCCGUCACUGGUCCAGAUGCACUUUCGUCCUGGGCCCAGAGCCAGUGGAUUGCCUUUAAUGAUGCCUUUGUGCCAUGUCGUGGACUGUCCCAUCAACCAGCAAGGCCUCGGUCAGUGCCCGUUUCUCACCAGCCCAAGCUUUUCUCCAGAGAGCUUGUUGACACGUUUGGCAGCUUUGGGAGAGAGGAGAGUGCCCCCUCUCUAAAGAAAGCACCAGCUCGACCCACGCAGGAUGUACCUCCAAACAGGCCAACCACUCCCCUGGGCGCAGCAACCAUUGUCCCACCUCCGAGACCAUUAUCUCGGCCCAAACUGCCUGCAGGCAAACUGACGGGCAUCAACGAGGCUGGCCGACCAUUCAGCCCUCCCAAGAUGACCAACUCCAGCCCUCCUCCCGCUGCUCCUCUGGCUCGUGCCGAGAGCUCCUCCUCUCUCAGCUCCAACACCUCCUUGAGCGCCAGCAACACACCAACUGUCGAGGACGAUUUGUUCGUGGGGAAACUGCCCACAUUUGAGAAGAGAUGUGAGACUCCUGCAGGGACCUCUCGUGGGCCCAGUCCAGUGACACUGGCCUCCCAGGAUGCAUUGCCCAUUGCAGUAGCAUUCACAGAAUCGGUUAAUGCCUAUUUCAAAGGAGCAGAUCCCAGCAAGUGUAUUGUGAAGAUCACAGGAGACAUGACCCUGUCCUUCCCCAGCGGCAUCAUCAAGAUUUUCACCUCUACUCCGUCUCCUGCUGUACUCAGCUUCAAACUCUCAAACACGAGCAGAUUAGAGCAAAUCAUGCCCAACCAGCAGCUACUGCACAGUGACUCCUCCCAGAGCGAGACAAACACUAAAGACUUUUGGCUGAACAUGCCUGCACUGACAGCGUACCUCAGGAAGAUCUCUGAGCAGAACCCUACUGCAUCCUAUUACAACGUGGACAUCUUAAAAUACCAGGUAUGUUCCAAUGGGAUUCAGUCAAGUCCUCUGAACCUUGUGGUGUACUGGAAAUGCACUCCUAGUACUACCGACCUGCGAGUGGACUACAGAUACAACCCAGAGUCCAUGCAGUCCCCCGCAGCUCUCACCAAUGUACAGGUGUUAGUCCCCGUCAAUGGUGGCGUCACAAACAUGCAGUCCCUUCCCAAUGCCAUCUGGAACGCAGAACAGAGUAAGUCACUAUGGAAAUUGAGUGAUAUCUCUGAAAAGUCUGAAAAUGAAGGCUCUGGUUCUUUGAGAGCAAAGUUUGAGCUGUCUGAUGGUCCCUCCAUCCCUGCCACCCUGGCUGUUCAGUUCUUCAGUGAAGGCAGCACUCUGUCUGGUGUAGAUAUGGAACUGGUCGGCUCUGGUUACCGUCUCUCCCUCAACAAGAAGAGAUUUGCCACUGGCCGCUAUAUGGCUGACUGCUGAGAUCUGAGCAGAGGCCUGUCCGCUCUCAAAUGCAGGGAAAAUCUGGAGGUUGAUUUCUGUUCAUUCAUUAAUUCUGUCACUGGUUCGCAAUGAUAUUUAUGGAGGAUCGUUAGGGGGGAUGGAAAAAGAGUGUUGUCUGGGUGAAGGCCUCUCAUGCUUCUGUUUCCUCUCCACGCUCUGAACGAUCCAGUUCCAGUGGAGCACCUUCUGGAGGUUCAAGAUUUUUAUACUAUAUUAACGUAGCACUGAACAUCAAACACUGUGUACAAAGAAAAAUAAAAAAAAGAAAAGAAAAAAUUAGGAAUGGCAGGAUAUUGGCGAAUGAAAUCAUUAAUCUUUGAUACUUUUCGAUCAAUUCAGACUUUUAUAAAGUCAGAACGGUAGUGUUUGUUAUUUUGAUAUGUAUAGUUAACAAUUUGUAAUAUGAAUUAUGUGUAUAAUACAACAUAUCUUGGCAAAAAAAGGACAAAAGAAAAACUGCACUAACAAUCUUUCUGGAUAUUUGUUGAGCAUUCAUUUCUCCUCUUGUAUUCACCCUAAUGUCAGUCACAAUGACAAUGAAGAGAACAAAAGGUGGGAAAAAAAGGAGUGACAAGAGAAAAGCCUCAGCAAUAGAUCAUUUCAUUCUCAAGAAAGCCUUACUUCUCGUCUGUGGUCUUUUCCGAUUUAACCCCACCCCCACCCCCUUCAAAAAAUUUUUUUGUUGUUUUCAGAUUAAUUUGUGUCUUUCAGUUGUAUUUUUCCUUAUAAAUGUGCAAUGAAGAUAUAAGCUUUCAAAAUUGCAUUCAUGGAUUGUUUUUAAAGGAACACUCCAUUUUUUCCAUUCCCCUAGUUUUACCAUUUUUGAAUCCAUUCAGCCGAUCUCUGGGUCUGGCGGUAGCACUUUUAGCUUAGCUUAGCAUAAAUCAUUGAAUUUGAUUAGACGGUUAGCAUCUCGCUCCUAUUUAAAACUCGACCCUUCUGUAGUGACAUUGUGUACCAAGACUGAGGGAAAAUGAAAAAAUGAGAUUUUCUAGGGUGAUAUGGCUAAAAACUAUAUUCUCAUUCCGGUGUAAUAAUCAAGGAACUUUGCUGCCAUACCAUUGGUGCAGCAGGUGCAGUGAUAUUACGCAAUGCGGGAAUGAGAGUAUAAUUCCUAACCAUAUUGGCCUAGAAAAUCAAAACUUUUCAUUUUCCAUCGGUCUUAGUACACGAUGUAACUACAGAAGGUAAAAUAUAGAAACUCUUUUGUCAUUUUUGAGCGAGAUGCUAACGGUCUAAUCAGAUUCAAUGAUCGAUGCUUAGCUAAGCUUAAAGUGCUACCGCCAGACCCAGAGAUCGGUAAAACUCAGCUGUUUAACUCUAGGGGAGUUGGAUAAUGAGCAUAUUUCCAGAAAAAGUGGACUGUUCCUUUUAAAGUUUAGUGCCAUUUUCACUUUGUCAAGAGAACCUACUGGUUGCUUAACAGCAAAUGACAACUUAUCACUAACUUCAGUGCCUCUUUUUUUGUUACUUGAAAUAAUUAUACAGGACAAUUUGCAUGUUUAAGUCUAAAAGAUCCAUGUUUUCCCCUUUUUUAUAUUAUGACCUUUCCUCUUGCUAAAUUUUUGAAGUGCCAGUUCAGUUCUUUAUGCUUCCUGAUGGGACACUGAAGGGAAAACACUGCCUAAACAUUAGCCUUUGUCCUUCAAACCCCUUUAGAGUGCUUUACCUAAACAGUUCACUGCAAAGGAACGUGCUGUUCCCAUUUUAGAUGUCAUCCAGGUGUUUUCUGUAAUGCCUUAUAGAUGUGUGCAGAAAUAAUACCAAAAUAACCACAGAGAGUUUUUAAACACCCACCUGACCAUUUGAGGAGAUCCUUGUUGAUAAACAGACCAAAAUAUUCUGAAUAUUAGCAUAUCCAGAUGAAUUACAAGCAUGCACACUUUUUAGUGUAGUUGAUUUAACAACGGACUACCAGUUUGAUUAGAUUAAUGUAUUUUUAAGGGUUACUGUGUGUAUAUGUUUUCACCAAAUGUGCCGUCACGUCUGUUUUUGAGUGUUUAAUGUUAAUAAUAAUCUGAACACAUUAGUUUCUUAAAAUUAUGCCUUGAAUUAUCUUUUUUGCUUUGAGCAAGUUUGCCAAAUACCAAUCAAAAAGCACAAUGAUGCAAUGAGCCAGUGGAAGUUUUUUUUUUUUUAGCUGGAACCCAGUGGUGAGCAUUUACAGUGCUUUAAGGGGCUCUGUCCCCUCGUACAAGGGCUAUUUGCCUUGUCCUCUUAAGAGGACCACAUCUCCAAGGGCUACCCCAAUCUCAGCGAUAGCCAACACCAUCUGUACCAUAAAAUGAAAAACACUAAUAAACACUAAACGCCACCAAUGAAGGAUGAAUCUGAAAACAAUGACGUUCUUUCGUAUUACGUCUUGAUUUCACCAGGAACUUUUUUUUGUCUCUUCGGUAGCAGCCUAACAGUUUUGUGAAGUAACAGCAUAAAGUUUUAUAUUCAAGAUCAUCACUGUCUUUAUGUACUGUCUUAAUUCACUUGUAUUCACUAUAAAAUGUGGUGUUGGUGUCAAUACAGAGGCAGAAAUCAACUAGUGAACAUCCUGGUCAGUGUAGCAUCCCAAUACAAUACAAUAUUGGCUUCUUUACGUGAAUAUGAACUAGUUGUGUAGUUAGCGAGCUGGUUCUUGCUGCCUCUACAGCCACGUCAAUAUUCAAAGGCAUUUUGAAGCAUUUAAAAAGUUUCUUCUUUUCUUUCAUUCUUUUCAUGUCCACCAUGGUAAAACAAUAUUUUUUUUUUUUACCCACCUAAUGUCAAUUUGUACAAAUAUUUCUGCCAUGUUUCUCUGCUUUAUGAUGUUCUGUGUCAGUAAUAAAUGUGUAAUAUAUAAAUCUAUACAAAUAUAAGAAAUACUACAGAAUCC